GUGGAGUCGGUUCUCGAGCGACAACUUUCAAGUCUUUAUAAUAAAAUGCCUCGCCUUUUCUUUUUUGCCUUGCUGGCUUUAACAUCCCAGAUCGAAGCAUUUACCUUUUCACCUCAUCCUAAUCGAGUGAUACAUUUCCCGAAUCAUCUGAAAACCUACUUAAACCAAACGCGCAGUUCCUACUUUGGAUACUCUCUCGUCAUCCGUCCAACCAGCAUUUUGGUGGGUGCUCCUCGGGCGCAAUCUACCUUGGAAAAACAGAACAACAUCGUCGAGAGUGGGGCGAUAUUCAGGUGCUCCGUGGAGGAUGGAACCUGCUUUCCAUAUGUCCUGGACUCACAUGGAAAUCUUGACGCGCCCCCCGACUUAAACAAUUUGAAAUCGCAGGGCAAGGACUACCAGUGGCUGGGUGGAUCAAUGGACGGGGGAACUCAGGACACGGAUAAGCUGCUCGUAUGUGCGCCCCGAUUCACAACUCCCCGAUCCAACAGCAACGACAGCAAGGAGGGCUACCUGCACGGAAUCUGCUACUGGGUCAUGGACACCUUGGCGAACAACCCUCGUGCAAGUGACGUGUUCACCAUCUGUCCACUUCGCUUAAAAAAAAUGCAGAUGAUGAAAGGAGAUCCUUACUUCUACAUGGGGGAACUAGGCUUAAGUGCACAUGUGCCAGAUGAUAAUUCGCAGUUCGUGAUUGGAGCGCCAGGUAUUGAUAUUUGGAGGGGAUCGGUGAUCCUGUAUCAGAGGAACAAAGUCCGGACCAAUAGACGCCCAAUGACAGACGUGGCAAAAAACAUCUAUAAUCCGGAAUUUGACUCAAAUAUCCUUCAACCCAGCUCAUGGGGAGAGAAGAUGUACUCUUACAUUGGGUAUGCCGUUAGCUCCGGAUAUUUUGACAGUGACAACCUGAGCAAGCUCCUCUACAUGGCCACUGCUCCCCAUGCUAACAACAAUUUAGGCGAGGCCUAUAUCUUCGAUGCCUUGAGCAAGAAUGUCAGUAAGUUGCAUGUCUUUCAGGGCGAACAGCUAGGAGACUUCUUCGGCUACUCUGUUCUGGCGGAGGAUCUCAAUGGGGAUGGACUAACGGACGUUAUCAUCUCAGCACCCCUAUACGCUGCAGGGGAAUCCUAUGACGUUGGCGCCCUUUAUGUGUACAUCAACAAGGGUUUCUUCAACUUUGAGCGGAAGAUUGUUCGGUCUCCGGUCGACAGUCCGGGUCGGUUCGGAACGGCUCUCUCCCGACUUGGCGAUAUCAAUCAUGACGGUUACAAUGACGUGGCCGUUGGAGCUCCCUUUCAUGGAAACGGAGCGGUUUUCAUAUACCUGGGCAGCGAGGAUGGAUUGAGGGAUCAGCCGUGUCAGCGACUGGAUGCCCCUUCUGAGAAACCUUCCCAAUGGGGUUCAUACAUGUUCGGGCACGGCCUCUCCCGUGGGUCGGACAUAGACGGCAAUGGAAUCAACGACAUGGUCAUUGGAGCUCCCAAUGCCGAGGCCUUGUAUAUAUACCGUACCUAUCCAGUGGUCAAAAUAUAUGUCACAGCAAAGUCGGAAUCGGAAGAAAUCAAGCCUUAUCAGGAUAGCGUAAAUAUCACUGCCUGCUACCGAAUAACUACCCCUUCCCAGGCGAAUGAUGUGCAGCAGCAACGGCUAAAUAUGCGGAUUAACAUUGAUAAGCUUCUAAAGCGGGUGAAGUUCGCCCAGACGCAGACCAAUGAGUUGAUCUUUGAGGCGAACGCGGGUCCCUCCACUAUGUGCCGUGACUUUGUGGUCCAGGUGGGCUAUAAGGGCGAGAUUCUAACAGAUAUUGAUUUGGAGAUCCAUUACGAACUGUCGAGGAAGGUCCCAUACUGGGAGGAGUUCUGUGAAACCUGCGCAGUGGUCAAUCCAUCGGAUCCGACGGUUUCCACGGGUAAGAUCAGCUUCAUUACGGGAUGCGCCACCAAUGUUUGUGUCACUGAUUUGCAGUUGAGGAGUCAGCAUGUAAGAACAACCUAUACUUUGGGCACUACCAACACCCUCCGAUUGAACUACGAGGUCACCAGCAUUGGAGAGACCGCCUACCCGCCCCAAUUCAACGUGACCAGUCUUCCUCGUCUGCCCUUUGCCCAGGUUCCUGGAAACUGCAGGAUCAGGGAGGAAGCUAUGGUGUGCGAUCUGAACAGCGGACGACCGCUGGCCAAAGGUGACACCGACUCCCUCACCAUAAUUUUCGAUGUGAGUCAACUUAGUGGGUACUCAUUGAUCAUAGAGGCAGCUGUAUUCAGCGCAGGAAUCGAUAGGAAUCCCACCGACAACCGCUGGAGAGACGUUAUCAGCCUGAAGGUGCUUGCUAAGGAUGCCAGAGGAGGUUCCACAGACGGUCGGAUUGUCCUCGACAAAUAUUCCGCGGAAAUCGUCAACAAUUACGAGAUCAUGCUUGGGUCUUCUACAUUCAAACCCCUCAUUAAUCCAACUAGCCUGCAGAUGGGGGCCACUUAUAGUUCCGAUCUGUUGCCCGGCAAGCUUUACGACCAAAAUAAUGUGCCGGAUAAGUCUAUUAGCCCGAACAUGGGUUUUAAAGUGGAUAUGAUUGAAGAUUUAAGUCCUUUUGAGUACUUGGUUCCGAUUUUAACCGAUCUGAAGCUUCUCAUAGAGAAUUGUUCCAAUAUCACUUUAAUGGUAAUUAAUCAAAAUAUCAAACCAAAUGUGAUCUUCAAGAUGCUGAAGGAGGAACUGCCCAUCUUGUACAUAAUUUUGGCUGUGGCCGUCGGGUUGCUGAUCCUCGCAGCAAUAACUUAUGCUCUGUUCAAGCUUGGCUUUUUUAAACGCUUGAAGAGGGAUGAGCUGAAUAUUUUGAAAGCCAACCAUGGCCCCCUACCAAAUCGGGAUGAAAACCACGAGGAUCCAACUAUGAUCCAAGAAUUAUAAAAGCCUUGUCACAAACAAGAUUUAACGCUUUUUUACUUAUUCAAAUCUAAACCAAGAAUAUAUGAAUAGUUUUAAAUCUGAACAUUAACCCUUUUAUAUAUAUUUAA